ACCCUGGGAAGCAAGCUAAGAAGAGUCAAACCUCCUGAUCAGGACAGCAGCAAGGGGAGGCCAGUUUACUCCUGGACGGCAGUCCAAAGAGGGCACCAGUCCCUUGUUGUGGCCAAGGUCCUGUUAGUUUUUAAGUUCCUUAGGAGUCUGGCAUUUAGUUUUCUGCCCAAUAUAAAAAGAAGUCCUCAAGUGGAUCCUCAGGGCUGGGGCCACAAUGUGGGAGGGUCUGCUGGAUAUGAGAGGAUAAUGGGUGAAGAGACUGGUAGGGAUGGAUAGAGAAGACAUUUUAAGGUCAAGUUUUUGAAGUAGAGCUUCCCUCACUUGGGAGAAACUAGUCAUUAUGGGAGAGACUGCUGACAUCCAGAGUGAACUGGCCAAAAGGCUUCUGUGUUAACGAUGAACUUUAGGUAGAUACACCUGUGAUUUUGUGCCCCAUGGUCCCUUUCUCCUUGGUUAAAGACAGAGUGUACCAAGAAAAGAACAGAAGGCCUGGGAUGUCUAUAAUCUGGGUUGCCCAGUAGAGUACAGCACUUCAGUAGGAUCACACCCAAGUAUGCUUCUGCAUCCACCAGUUCUCCAGAAAGAUCCAGUCAAUUCAAGAAACUUAAGGCCCCAGUUGCAUCCAGAUUUACAAGUGUCUUCAAAUGCACACUUGGAAACAGGUUUCCAGAUGCCUGAUGAUCCUGCAAGGAAAUCAAGUCUGCAUAUGUCUCAAAGUCCCCUAAUGCACUCAGGAGUUCCAAUGCAACCAAGCCCCCCAAAUCAUCCAUCCCAUAUAAGCAAACAGAGUCUUCAAAAAUCACAAAGCCCUGUAUUUCUUCAAGAAGAGCUACUACAAACAGCUUUCAAAUGGCUCUUAGAUCUAGAAAGCAGCCUAUGUCCACAAUUGGCCUCAGUACUAUCACCAGAACCAAGACUCCCAGUACAUCAAGGUAGCCCAACAUUGGGAACCAGGUCAACACACCCUAAUCACCAGAUGCUCUCAAGCUCCUCAGUGAAUUCUGCUUGCACGGGUUCCUUAGGCUCUAUGUUUCCUUCCUAUCAAUAUGGUGAAAAGAAAGUUUGCAAUGCAGUUCCAAAGAAGCAAUGGAAGGAAUGCACUGUGUACACCAAGGAGCAAAAGCUACUCCUCCAAGAACAUUUUGAUCAAUGCAUGAACCCAAGCUUUGAUCAAUGCAAAGGACUGGCACUAAUGGAGCAAGAGAUCAAGAACUGGUUUAAGAACCAUUGUGCAAGGUACAAACUGAAGAAAUCACAGAUUAUUCAAGAAGGGCAGCCAGAGAAACUCUAAAGCUGCUUCUCGGUCAAACAAUCGCCAUGGUAACAUAUCUGUCCUUGUCUCUGCCAAUGUAGAGUCCAAGUCUCCAGGCAAAUCCAUUUGGGCUCCAUUCCCCAACUCAACCACAGCCUGGAAGCAUCACAUCUGGGCACAGAGCAGUGUGCGAUGCCGCUUUCCCUAUUUUCUACCAGGUGUGAUUUAGGAACAUCCACAAGAACAUCUCAAAUUGCCAUGGAAUCAAGGAGGAGAAGUCAGCUGUCAGUGCAUGAGAACAAGUGUUCAUGUCUCCAUCAAUGUCCCUGUCACUGAUAGUCCUGAGUGAUCAGGCCUAUCAGUAGUUAGCUAUCUUCCUGAAACCAGCACCUCUAAUAAUUGCCUCAGCGAUUCCCUCAUCUUGAUCAGGCUCUGGGGGAAAUUCAGCAUAUGGGACUAGUUGGCCAAGAACCUACUACAGGAACCACUGGUCCAUUUCUAUCAAGAAAAGCUACAGAACCAGUUCAGUCAGUAACAUUUCAAGACACAGCAGAGUCUGCUCUAGUGAUAAAAUCCAGUAUGAGCCAAAGCUCUUGUACCUCUAUUGCUAGCAGAUUCAGCUGCAGCUUCAAGCUACCACCAAAGGUGAAGGCUGCAGCCACAGGCAACGCCCUACAUGGAGAUGAUGCUCACAGCAACCUGCAUUUCCUGACCACUUCUUGGUUUAUGGCCUCUAGAAAAUCAACAUCUCCCUAGAUAACGUAUUAUUUCCCAAGUGUGCUUUAUCGAGGCCCACUCACCCAGAGACUAUUUCUAAGAACUGUUUGGUUCUUGAGAAGACAUUGCUAUAAAAAUUAGAGGUGGCAUAGUAAAAAGGUAUCUUUAUACGAGUGGUUGUGGGUUGUUACCUUUUUAGUACUGAGGAUUCACGGUGAAGUCCUGGCUUUUGUUAAUACUCUUAACCUCCUUCAUGUGGUUAUUGGCUGCUUUUAUAGCUCUGCUCCAUUCAUUGUUAACCUUUGGACAUUAAUGUUCCACUUUUAUUUGGAAACCAUGUAAAUAAGGUCUUGGAUCACUAGGA